AUGAGUGCUAUAUUAUUAAAUAAUAGAGGUGAGCUCGAGACUCUAACUGCAAAACUAAGCUUAGCCUACAAACAGAUCCAGGAUCUCUCCACUGCUACGGCAGAACUUACUCAACUGAGCAAACAAAACCGAGAAUUGACAGAAUUGUUCCUAGGUAACUAUCCGGAUAUGGAGCCCAGCGACGAAAAUGAUGUAGACGCAACCCAGACAAGCAGGCUUGUGUCUGAGCCCGCGCCGCCUUCGUCUGAGCCCGCGCCGCCUUCGUCGGCUGAGCCCACGCCGCCUUCGUCUGAGCCCGCGCCGCCCUUUGCUGAGCCCGCGCCGUCUUCGGCUGGGUCUGCCCCGCCUUCGGCGGAGCCUGCCCUGCCUUCGUCUGAGCCUGCGCCGCAUUCGGCUGAGCGCAUGCCACCAUCGGCUGAGCCCGAGUCGCCGUCUGAGCCCGAGCCGCCUUCGGCUGAGCCCGCGCCGCCUUCGGCUGGGUCUGCCCCGCCUUCGGUUGAGCCUGCUCCGCCUCCGUAUGAGCCCGCGCCGCCUUCGGCUGAGCCUGCUCCGCCUCCGUCUGAGCCCGCACCGCCUUCGGCUGAGCGCGCGCCGCCUCUGUCUGAGCCCGCACCGCCUUCGCCAGCCAAAGAGCCUGCGCCGCCUUCUUUUGAGCCCGUGCUGCCUUCGGCUGAGCGCAUGCCACCUUCGGCUGAGCCCACCCCGCCUUCGUCUGAGCCCGCGCCGCCUCCGUCUGAGCCCGCGCCGCCUUCGGCUGAGCGCGCGCCGCCUCUGUCUGAGCCCGCGCCGCCUUCGCCAGCCAAAGAGCCUGCGCCGCCUUAUUUUGAGCCCGUGCUGCCUUCGGCUGAGCGCAUGCCACCUUCGGCUGAGCCCACCCCGCCUUCGUCUGAGCCCGCGCCGCCUCCGUCUGAGCCCGCGCCGCCUUCGGCUGAGCGCGCGCCGCCUCUGUCUGAGCCCGCGCCGCCUUCGCCAGCCAAAGAGCCUGCGCCGCCUUAUUUUGAGCCCGUGCUGCCUUCGGCUGAGCGCGCGCCGCCUUCAUUUGGGCCCGCGUUGCCUUCAGCUGAGCGCACGCCGCCUUUGUCUGAGCCGGCGCCGUCUUCGGCAGAGCGUGCGCUGCCUUCGGAUGGCCUCGAAUCUAAUAAACCUAAUAUAAUCAUGUAUUGUGAUGAGAUCGGAGACAGAUAG